CAGAGACAUCAGUUCGACGCUUUGGCUCAUCUCCAUCAGGUCAACAUGAAAAUCAUCGUCUGUUUGCUGACUGUGGCCGCUGUGGCUCAAGCAGGAUUCAUUGGAGGAGGCGGUGGCGGAGGCGGUUCCCCACAUGGCGGCGGAAAUGGUGGCUACAGCUAUGGCGGCGGUGGCUCUGAUCACGGCUCGGAUCAUCAUGGCGGUGGUGGUGGCGGUUCCCCGCCCGUCAAAGUCAUCAAAGUGAUCCACGAAUCUGCUCCCUCCGGUGGCUCAGGAGGCUGGCAAUCUGGAGGAGGCGGUGGUGGACAUGGCGGCGGUGGCGGCUGGUCCUCUGCUAAUGGACAUGGCGGCGGUGGUGGCCAGGAAAUCAAGAUCAUUAAGAUCAUUUCGCAGCAUGGUUCGUCUGGAGGUCAUGCUGGCGGCUAUGGCGGAUCUUCGGGUGGUGGAGGAUAUGGAGGAGUUUCCAGCGGCGGUUGGUCAUCGGGAGGAUCUUCCAGCGGCGGUUGGUCAUCCGGAGGACCUACCAGCGGUGGCUGGUCUUCCGGCGGAGGUGGUGCUGAGUCCCCUGCUGCCAUCAAGAUCAUCAAAAUCAUCUCGGAAUCGGACGCCGGUGCGGGAGAUUCCGGUGGAUAUGGUGGUGGAUACGGCGGUGGAUACGGCGGAGCUUCCAGUGGUGGCUGGUCUUCGGGCGGAGCUUCCAGUGGUGGCUGGUCCGCGGGUGGUUCCUCCAGCGGCGGUUGGGCUCCCCAGGGCGGUGGCAGCUGGUAAUUGUGAUAACCCGUGAUUUCAUUGUUUUCAUUACGCCACCCAUUGUCUUCUUUCCAUUCCCAUUUUCUGUUAUUGCCCAUUCUACCAUAUUUGUUAAAUAAAAGUUUUCUGUUUGAUCAUUUCCCAAAAAAAAGGAGUGUUUAAUUU